CUCGUCCUCGCUCGUGCUGCAGCAGCGAACUCCUCGCGCACUCAUUCAUUUCUAACUCCUCGCGGACGGUUGCAACCUGGGGGUCUAGCCACAAUGCGGCUGCUCAGAGCCGCCCUCCUGGCGGCAGCAGCAUGCUCUCUCCAGCUCCCGACGCGCAAACAUAUAAUAAGAACAAAACGAGCUACCGCAAUAACAGACGAAACGCCGGCACAACUAGCAGAGGAACGCAGAACCUGGCGAAGGCGGAAGCGGAGCGAGGUCCUCGUCUUCGCGGCGCCGGCGCUGUCGACGGUCCUCGCGGACCCGCUGAUGAGCAUGUUCGACGCGCUGGUCUGCGGCCGGUCCUGCUCGACCUUAGAAUUCGCGUCGCUCGGGCCGGCUUUAGCUGUGUUCAAUUUUGUCAAUUACGGUUUUUUCUUCCUCAACGCCGCCACGACGGUGAACGUCGCCGCCGCAUUAGCCAGAGACAACAAGAAGGCGGCAACCGAAACAUUGUCCGGGGCCGUGAGCGUCGCGGCGCUCUGCGGCCUCGCCGUCGCCGCGUUGAUGGCUGUGUGGAAAUCAAACAGUGAGUCGGGUGCACCCGAUAAUUCUUCCCUAAGUCAUUUCUCGGCGAUGACGCUGCCGUGCUGGCUCCGUCGAGCGGCGAGGCACACGGCACCGCCACGCCAUCGAGCAGAUAUCAUGAAGAUGGCGUGGAGGACGACGCGACGACGCACGAACGCGCCGUAAAAUUUUGAUUUCCACACAGGUUGAUGGUGGGCCUCGGCCCGCGCGUCGUCCGGCUGACGGGCUGCGUGCCCGAGCUCGUUCCGCGGAGCACGGCCUAUCUAAGGGUGCGCGCCGUCGGCUCGCCCGUCGUGCUGGCGUCCAUGGUCGCGCAGGCCGGGCUCCUCGCGCAGCGCGACUCGGCGACGCCCUUGCGGGCCGUGUCCAUGGCCUGCGUCUUGAACAUCGUGGGCGACUUAUUGUUAGUGCCGAAGCUGGGCGCCGUCGGCGCCGCCUGGGCGACGCUUUUCUCCCAGGCCGCGUGCCUGCCGUACCUCCUCUGGUUGUCGAGAAAGCGCGAUAGGUUGCCCGUCAAGCUGCGUCUACCGACGAAGGAGGCCGCCUCAAGCUUAUUCAAGGCGGCGAAGCCGCUUUUUGUGUUCGAGAUGGGCCUGUCCGUCUGCUACGGCGUGAUCCAGUCGAUGGGAACCCAAUUUAGUGUGGCGGCGACGGCGGCCUUCCAGGCGCUCUGGAACCCGACGACGUUCCUGACGUUCGUCACCUAUCCCCUAAAGCAGGCCGCGGCGGUGUUCCUGCCGGCGCUCGCGUCCGAACGGCCCGAGGACGUCGGCGGGCGGCCGAAGACGCAGCAGUUUUUGUUGAUGCUCAUGACCUGCGCCUGGCCCCUCGGGUUGUUGUUGGGCGGCGCGUCGUACGCGUGCGCGAACGCGCCCCACGUCUUCGCCCAGGACCGGAGCCUCGACGCGACGAUCCGGUCCUUCGGGCCGCUCGUCGCCGGCGCGGCCUGUUUACUACCGUUCGUGCAGAUCUCGGAGGGCACUUUGUUAGGAACGGGCGACCUGGGCUUUUUGUCACGGACGCAGAUUUUGAACACGGCGACUGCCGUGGCGACGUUCUUCCUGACGAAGCGCACGGGCAUGGGCGUCCGCGGGACCUUCGCCGUGCUCGGCGCCUUUUACAUGUCGCGGCUGGCCCAGGGGCUGCUGCGCGUUUUCGUGUUUAGGCCGCCGUGGUGCGGGCCGGACGGUGACGCUGAUGACGGGCGUGCCUGCGUAGUUUAAACUUAUCCAAG